GAGAGAGAGAGAGAGAGAGAGAGAGAGAGAGAGAGAGAAUAUAAAAUAGUUGAAUCAAAAGAUCCCAACAAGGCUACUGAAAUCAUUAAAAUCUGUGUUUCAAAACCCUAUCCAGCUAAAUUAUUUGACAUGCAGACAUGGAUAAAUUGUUGCCUGCUUAUUCAUUUAAGAGCUUAAUUUAAAUGGUGCACAAUUACAAAUUUAUUUUAUUUAUAUCAAAGUCUUUAAACUUCUAAUAUGGCUUCAAUUUACAAUUUUUUUUAUUUUUAUGGCAGUCAUUGGAAGACACGUGGAGAAACAUCAUCUUUGAAGAGUUGAAAUCAGCUGACAUUAAAGCCUUGUAUGAAACACUUUUGUUUUUACAUUAUAGGGUCUUUUACAUACAUCCUACUAAUUUAUUUUUUCCUUUAUACAUAACUUGAAAAAGUGGACAACAUAAUGUGUGAUAAUAUAUUAUCAUGCUCUUCAAUAUAUUAAAAAAGAGAAAUUGUUUAUCCAUUAUCUUCAGACCAACACAUUUUUAUAGUUUUUGUUAUCACCAAAGCCUCAGUUCACAGGCUGCAAAACCUCACAGAUGACACUGAUGAAACUGUAUCUAUUUAGCCCUGACCUUAAGGUCAUUACUUUAACCUCCAGAGCUCAACCCCCCACCCCACUGUACAUGUUCAGUUUGCUCUAGUAUAAGUCCCCUUCCUCCCUCCUAAAUCACAUCCAUUAAUCCCCACCAUCAGCCAGAGUACCAGCAGACCUGAACGACUUAAUGGCUUUACUGCAUCAAGCACACAAUUUGCUGUGUAUGGAUAAAAAAAUGUUAACAGUUGCUUAUGAUGAGUCAGUAAAAGGCCCGGUAGAUUUCUAGCCAGAUUAUAUCACGGUUGAUGUAUUGAACUAAAAUGCGCAUAAAUACCAUGAAAAAAAUAAUAAAAAUCAGAUUUGAGAUUAUUUACAGAUAUUGGUAAAAGAAAUCUCUUUAACUAUCCCAGGCAAAUGUAGAACGCUUUGUCAACCCAAGGGAAACAUUUCUUGUUCCGUUUUAGAAUUAAUGUGGUCAAUUUAUGUAGAUGACAAAGAAGCUUAGAACAGUGUAAUCAGGUUUUCUCUGAGUUUGUUGAAGAGAAUAUCCUAGGAAAUCCCCCGUAUGUGUUUGAGUUACAUAAGUUUGUUGAUCGUAACUAUGUUUAUUUGUAUUAUUCAGAUCUGUGCUAUCAUUUAUUGUCCUUUUUAUCUUUUGCCACAACUGGCACACAUUUCUUUUUAGGUUUACUGAAUCAAAAAAGUGUUGACAUGCACUUUAAUUUCAGUGAAUAUCUCUCAAGGUGUUUUUAAGGGGUUAUUUAUUUCUUUAUAGAUGCUUUGGCUUUGUUUCCUUUGUUUUUGGCCAUGCCCCAGUAGUGUAUUUGCACACUAUAUGGUGUAAGUUGUCACAAUACAACCUGGCUUAUCAUGUUUUUAAGCAAAAUGUAAACCGUUAAUCAGUAAUGUAGAAAAACUAUGCAAGAAACAUCAAAAAUUUAAAUUAUAAUGCAUGGCCGCCUUAAACUUCCGUAAAAAUGUAGUAAUUGUAAUUUUUUUUUUACUUCCCCUGCCUACAAUUUAUUUAAAAUAUAGUUGCUGCACUAUGCCAAUGUUGUUUCACUGUGUUCCAUUGUCAUCCAACAGUUAUUACAAGAAUAUGAUUUUGACAUUUCAUUUUGCAGGAUAACACAUCUAAAUAUCCAAACUAUGGACAGCUUUUGUAUGUGACAGCUUGCCAAGUUCUCCUCCACAGUAACUCACAGUUAUUCAGUUGUAGCUUUAUAUCUGCUAGAUAUCACAUUAUAAAACAUAUCAAAAAAGGUCUAUAUUCUUGAAUUCUUUAGGUUACACAAGCUAUUAUAUUACUGAAAAUAGCCAUAUUCUUAGCUUAACGCUGAUUUGCACUGUGUUUAGACUAAUGAGGGGCAAAAAGAAAGCCCCUGAAGCUCAAUAUGCAGCGUGACAUCACACAGACAGCUGUGCUCGUUCAAUAGAUGGAGCAGUCGAGCUCUAUAAACGGGAAAAUCCGUUUCGGUGAGAGGCACAGCAGCUCGGGGACUCACCCAAGCCAAUGGAGAGCCUGUGCCCGCGGUUUGCAAACCGUCAGUGUAGAGACUGGCAGUCAGUCAGCACCUCGUCCCAUCCAUAGCACCUGCACGAGGCGAAUUCACAGCAAAAGAUAAACAAAAACACCCGUUUCUUCUAGAAAGCGGGACAGAUCGCGGGAUAUACUUCGGGAAAGAUACAUUUUGAGAACAGCAUGAAGAAAAGCCAUUUGGUCAAAAGGGGUCUUCAGGAUGCCAACCAGCCAUCGUCCCAGCCAGACAAAGUAGGCUGGAUCCGCAGGUUCAGCGGCAAAGGAAUAUUUCGGGAAAUAUGGCGAAACCGCUUUGUGAUGCUUAAAGGAGAUCACCUGUACAUCUUUGAAAAAGAGAUGAAGAAUGAUGGGAAGACUCAUGAAGUGUUUGACCUGGCACAGUAUGAGCGCUCAGAGGAACUGCGAAAGGCCAAGAGCCAUAGCAAGAAGAACCACAGUCGAUUUACCCUGCUCCGAUGCCAACACCCUGGAAACAAGAGCCCCAAUCUUGUCUUUCUGGCCGUCAGUCCAGAGGAGAAGGAAUCUUGGAUCAGUGUUUUAAAUAAUGCUAUUACCAGAGCUAAGAAUCGUGUGCUGGAUGAGGUCACGAUUGAGGAGGAGAGUCUUCUGGCUCACCCUACUCGCGAUCGGGCCAAGAUCCCACUUGGGCGCCGUUUGCCCACGCGGGGUCAUCUCAUGGCUGUGGGCUCUGCUUCCUCUGAUGGAGUGCUGACACUGGAUUUGGUGAAUGAGGAGGAUGCUGGUAUGCUGGAUGAUGAUCAGGGUGGGUGGUUGAAGGACCAUCAGGUCAGCCUGGAUAAACUGGCUCCUGGCCGUCGACGUGCUGGCACUGAUGCGUCCAGGCCACCGGCCUCCAUUACAGACAGCAAAGUAAAAACCAGCAGCUUGCCACGCAGGAGCGAGUUCUCCUGGAGCCAUGAAAACCAGCCUCACACACCUCAAAAUGAGAAGAAGUUCGCGCAGGGCCGUAACCGAUGUGCAUCCAUGGAUGACGCUCUGUCCCGAGGAGAGAGAAAACCAAACAAGAAGAAUGGGGUCCAGGCAACACUGGCCCAGAGUUCCACGGGCCACCUGCAGGAACUGAUCAGCCAGCGGCUGCAGAGGACUCAAGAGCUCCUAGCGGAAAUUCAGGAACAGGAACCCCAUCGGGGCAGGAUGGGAUCUUACUCCUACUUAAGAGGCAUUGAAUCCCCUCGUCUGCGCCACCUCAAGGGCUCUGAUUCACCGCACUCCAAGGGCUCAAGCUCACAUAGCUCACCCCACAGCAAAGGCACAGACUCACCCUCAGUAAGGGUGAGAGAUUCACCUGGUUCCAAAGGGAAAGAAUCUCCACAUGUGAAGUCAAAGGACUCGCCCCGUUUUAAGUCAUCCAAAUCCCCUCAUUCCAAGAGCGCACUUCGUUCGAAGAGCAUCGACUCACCCGAUUCAAAAGAAUCAAGUUCACCCCAUACCAAAUGCAUUGAUCUGACCCACAUUAAAGGUUCAGACUCGCCUCUGUCCACUGGCUCAAACUCGCCCCCUAUGAAGUCAACAGACCCUGCUUUUUUUUGGAUCUCUAACUCUCCCCAUUUCAAAAGCAUGAAGGGUGCUGAUUCUCCUCUCAGUGAAGUUUUGGACUGGGACAGCAGGAGGGCAGCUGCUGAGCGGCUCUUACAAGAGGCCAUUUCCUCCUGGCGAGAAGCUAGAGAGGUUCUGGCUGAGGUGAAGGAGCUACAAGCCAGACAGCAGCGGGCAGAGCACAGUAAAACUGGAACACCCACAACACCCUCACAGAAUCGCAAGCAAAAAAGCCCCUGACCAAAUCUUUAGUCAGUCAUAGUGCUUUCUAAGACUUGUGAAACUUUACAAUGAAUGCAAGGAAGGAGAACAAUAGGUGGAACUUUCUGUCUUGCCCACAUCACAAACUAGUGUUCUGUUUUUUCUCAGUCUAUUGUUUGUAUAUUAACUGUUGUUCCUCUUGACACCUCAACUCUUUGUCUUUGCACUUUGAACAAUUGUAUUUUUACUUGUAUUUCAAGGCUGUACUUCUUCUUUUGUUGUUGGUAAUGUGGAAUGCUACUCAUGAUUAAACUGGUUUAUAGUUCUCUCUUUGCAGAAAAGCUCAGGUGAAAAAAAACUGAUGGGAAUGUUAAACUUUGUGUGGAAAAAAAGUUUCAGGUCAAGGUUAGCAAUGGUCCUAGACACAAAUGCAUUUUAGCAAGUCUAUAUACUCCCUAUUAUCAAGUGGAUCAGUUAUAAUAAGCAUUUCAGAAUAUUUGUAUAUUUUCUCCCAAAUCACUAAAGAUGAUCACAUUUAAAAAAAAUAAAAUGUU